AUGCAAAUUCGGCCCGCUGCGUUGCAUGCCUACGCCGCGGGCCGACAUCACCUCACCAAUCAGAUUGUUUCGCUCGACUCGACAGGAUGCGAUCUCGAGGCGUGCGCCGUCGGUUCCGAAGUGUACGAUGGAUCAGACUUUGGAGAGGAGUUGCAACGAGCUGUCUGGCUCAAUCCCUUCAAGCUCAUCAGCAGAUCUUCUACACACCAAGCACCUUCCGUCGAGUACCUUUCAAGCCACGCCUCCAAAAUGAAGUUCGCCACCCUCUCCGUCGCUGCCUUUGCCGGCCUCGCCGCCGCUACCCCCGUGGCCACCUCGCCCGUUGACAAGCGUGGUGUUUUGGCUGAACUCUGCAUCGCGGCUUGCCUGGUUUCUAGCUGUGGCAUUGCCCCGCCAAUCUGCGCUGCCUGCCUCGUGACUUGCCUCGGCACUGGCGACGCGGGCGAGGAGGUUGAUAUCGGCACCGCUCUGCAGCACAUUGCCGACGGCGAGGUCACCGUCUAA